AUGAGCAGCAUAGAUAAACGAGAAAAAUUUCUAAAGGAUCUUAAAGAAGAAGCUGAAGCUGAAGACUACAGGAAACGAUCACGUGACAGUGUAGAUAACGUGUCCAAAAUCUGGAGAUACUGGAUGAACGCGAGACCUGACAUCGUGAGAUCCUGUAUAGGUCUACAUCCACACAAAGACAUUUACAUCAUCGACAACAAGGCUUACAGGAAACCAAGUAAAUACAAUAGCUGUCAGCCGGAAGUCCGAUGUCUACUGUACUCCUUACUGUUUACUGAGAAAUAUCAGCUGAAUCUCGAUGAGCAAUCCCACAGAACCAUAAGGGACAAAAUCAGAGACAGAUAUUUCCCCAUGGUUACUGUAGAAAGCUCAGUAGAUAUACCACAGGAAAUCACAGAAACACCUGAUGGUGUGAUAACGUUUAAAUCAGACGACAUCCGACAUGACGUCAUGUACGCCUUUGUUACGGAGUGUCUGGUUGAAGACAGUGAUCUAGAGUUUUUCCUGACCACGGCGUCAUGUGACGUGAUAUCAGAAUACUUCCGGUCCUGGGGUUAUAAAAGGAGUGAGGGAGAGAGAUGUCUGUAUGUACCGGACAGACCUGAGAAGAUGUACGACCUCGUUCAUAGAUUACCUACAGCUGGACAUCAUCAAACACUGUACCAUGUCAGAUUGGGGAAUUCAUAG